AUGUUCCUCAUCUCCGUGUCUCCCUCUCGGUUUAUUGAGUGUGUUCUGCGGAUAAACCGGCAAAAACUUAUCAUCACUUCCUUAGGGUCCUCGGCCAACACGUUGUAUACCUCCGGCGGAAUUGCUCCUAAGGUCGGGCUCGUGUUCGCCCUAACAGUCGUUCGGAUAACGGAUGAGAAGCGCUCUGUAUGGGAGGAGACCGCGGAUAACUGCUCGACCUGGCCGCCCUUGGCUAACCCUAAGUGA